AUACAUUUCCAUUUCUUACGGAGCUUUCAUUUACAAGUUUCCUUAGUUCCAUUUUUGGUGAGGCCAUGUUAAAUUUGACACACGUUGGAUUAUACGAAUUAGAAUUUACUUGGAAAGUAAAAAAUGGACCUUCAUUUUUCACGAAUCCGAUGUUUUUCAUUUUGUCAAAAUUUAGUAUUGAGCACAUUCACGAAUUCGUGGAAUUACAUUACAUUGGUCCCUUUUUUCAAAGUAAGAAGAAGUUGUGUCAGUCACUUACUGAACACCCAGAAUGCAUCAUAAUCCACAGAAGAAAUUUGCAUCAUCUCAUUUUUGAAUUUAAAUUUCGUAUGCCGUACAUGUCUUGUCUGUAUCAUGAUACAAAUAACUUCACCAUACAUGUAACCUUCAAUGAAACAGAAAUAAUCAAGUUUCAUAUAACCUUUGCUGCCAUCGGUUUUCCUUACACUGAAAAAACUAAGGCUUUUAAUAAAACGUUUGUAAACGUAACCAUGCACAAUGAAACCCAUCUAUUUGAUUGCCUGACGUACAGAAUGGUAAUUCAUUUUCGCGAAAAUAACCUAACCAAUAACCUAAAAGGCCUUCUCUCUGUAAUGAUAAAUUUGAUUGACUCAAGUUAUAACUAUCUUAGUCACAAAAUUAAAUCUCUCUAUAUAUAUUCGACCGACUUAGGAAUUGGUAACUACCGAAUGAUGUACAAAGAUCUCCUGAAAAGUCUUACGAUAUCAAGAAGAGGAAGCAAUAUUGGCAGCAAAAAUAUAUCCAUGUCAGCGAAUUCAAAAUUGGAAAAUAUUAAAAUCACUAUUCGAAUUACUCCAAUCAUUUCAUUUGCAGUCGUGUUCAAGUUUGCCCACGAAGAAUCACGAAUGGAAAGUGGUGCCUUGUGCCGGAUAUGUUAUGCAGAAUACUGUUCGUGUGAUGUCGAUUUGAGCACUGUUUUUCAAUUUUUAAAAUUGAAUAUACCUGACUUUAGUAAGCAGAAACAUGUUACAAAUUACUACAUUCUGGUAAGGAAAAUUGAAAAGACAAUCUUUAAAUUUAGUUAUGCCUACAAUUCGGUAGAAUUCAUACAACACUGUAUAAAACAUGCAACUGUUUUGAAAUUUGGCACAAUAUCAGCUACAGAGAACGUGCAGACCAUUCCAUGGCAGGACAAUUACAACUCGCAGCAAACUAGCAAAGCAAGAACUAAAUGA